AUGUAUUAUAUGAAGGAGUAUGAACGUCCUCUUUUGUCGGAAAAUUGCUUUCUGGAACUGGCCUUGUUCAAUGACGAGCAACAAUACUCUAUUGAUGAAUUGCAGCACUUUCUGAACACUGGUGCCAUUACUACCGUUCAAUUGACAAGAAAGUAUCUUGAAAAAAUCGAGAAACUAAACUCAAGGGUAAAAGCAUUCGCAGAGGUGAACCCCGAUGCAGUCAAAAUCGCUAAACAACUAGACGAGGAGCGCGCAAAUGGCCAUGUUCGCGGUCCAAUGCAUUCUAUUCCCGUUGUAGUGAAGGACAAUAUGGCUACUGCUGACGCUAAUACUACUAUGGCGGGCUCCUUAUCCUUAGCCGGCAGUGUUGUUCCACGGGAUGCACAUGUGGUAAAGCUUUUACGAGAUGCUGGUGCAGUCAUUUUAGGACACGCUGCAAUGUCAGAAUGGGCAGAUAUGCGUUCUUCACGUUUUAUGGAAGGAUACUCCGCUCGUUCGGGUCAGACACUCAAUCCUUAUUGUAAAGGAGGAUGCCCGGGCGGUUCUAGUUCAGGAAGUGCGGCUGCUGUGACUUGUGACAUGGCGACUAUAGCCCUUGGUACUGAAACGGAUGGCAGUAUUGUAACACCUGCCGCACUUAAUUUUAUUGUUGGCAUCAAACCAACUGUGGGCCUAACUUCUCGUGCCGGUGUAGUUCCAGAAAGUGAACACCUUGAUUCAGUGGGAACAUUUGGCCGUACUAUGAAAGAUGCCGUUUACGCUUUGGAUGCCAUUGUCGGUGUCGAUGAGAUGGACCCGUACACAUUGGCGUCUAUUGGAAAAACGCCACGCAAAUGUAAAUACACUUCUUACUUGUCGGGAAAGAGUGCACUAAAGGGUCUGCGUCUUGGUUUUUUGUGGGACGAUAUGUGGUUACGUCUUCCGGACGAGCAUCUCACUAACGCAACGAAGCUUAUUGAAACACUUAGACAAGCUGGAACAACGGUGUACACAGACGUGCACCUGAAGCAUGCAGAAGACCUUCCGCCCUCGUGGAAUUGGGAUCAUCAAGGCGUCCGCGGAGAACCAGAGAAAUCCGAGUUUACUGUUGUAAAGGUUGACUUCUACAAUAACAUCAACAAGUAUUUAAAAGAAUUGAAGUGCUCAAAAGUACGAUCGCUUGAUGACGUUAUUCUAUUUAAUUAUGAACAUAAUGAGGAGGAAGGCGGUUUCCCGGAUUCACAUCCUCAAUUUCUUUCUGGUCAGGACGGAUUAAUACAAGCAGCAAAUGCAAAAGGUGUUAAGGACGAUGUUUAUGAAAAAGCUUUGAAAUACAUACAUUGGAUAUCAAGAGAAGAGGGAAUUGACGAUGCAUUGAGACAUUGGGAUUCAGAUGCUGGAGAAUACAUUAUGCUGGAUGCGCUUGUUCUUCCUCCACAUCACGGACCAUCAACACACAUUUUGGCUAUGUCUGGGUAUCCAGCUGUGAUUGUUCCCUUUGGCAUAUCGUCAACAAACAUUCCAUACGGAAUUGCUUUAAGCAGUGGUGCUUGGCAGGAACCACAUCUAAUCCGUAUUGCCUCAGCUAUUGAAGAUUUGCUGCAAGCUCGAAAACCUCCCCGCUUGUAA